UUCAUAAAAGUAAAACAUUAGGGGGUAGAUAUUUGAAUAUUUUUUAUACACAGUUGAAAGAAAACAUAAGUUUAUCCACCAUGAAAUUAUUAUCAUAAUAUUACGGUAAAAAGAUUCUAAUCGGUGAACUUUAAGAGUAUCAAAUGUAGAGAUAAGCAUAUCUACAUUCUGCAAAAGUACUUACAUCAUUCAACACUUAUUUCCAGAUCAGUUUAAACGUAUCAUCAUAGCACGUACGGAAAAUGAGUAUUUUAUUUCGAAUAAAUGUAGUACAUUAAAUGUAACGCGAUUGGAAUUUUUAUCGUUUGAUCUAUCGUGGAUUAUUGCAUUACAAUAUUUAUUUAAUUUCACUUUUCUCGCGAAAGUGCAUUGUCAUAAGUUGGUUCAAAAGUGAACAAAAAAUAUAUUCGACCAUGACAUCAUUAAUCGUUACAAUAGUGACAUGUCUUUUGAUUAUCAAUAUUGGACUAACCAGCAGUGCAAGAAUUUUGGCUGUCUUUCCAAUUCCUUCUUACAGUCAUCAAAUAGUUUAUAAUUCUAUAUGCAAACAUUUAAGUUUGCGAGGUCACCAAGUUACUUUAGUUACAACCGAUCCGAUAAAUCACACAAAUUUGAAAAAUUUAACCCAGAUCGACAUCAGUAUUAAUUACGAACAAUUAAAAGAUACCAAUUUCUAUGAAGCUAGAACCAUGUACACCUGGCAGCAAAUAUCAGCGAUUUAUUUAUUUGAAAAAAUACACGAGUUUUCUAAGAAUGUUUUCGAACAUCCUGACAUAAAAAAAAUCUAUGCACCUGAUAGCAAUGAGAAGUUUGAUGUUAUUCUAGUCGAAGCCAUAAUGACGCCAGCCAUUUAUGGGUUUGGACACAGAUUCAAAGCUCCAUUGAUAGGUAUGUAUUCAUUAGCGCUUACACAACAAUCUCAUUUUAUCAUUGGAAAUCCAGUGCUACCAUCACAUCCUUCGGCUUAUGAAUUAAAUAAAGGCAUUGGUUUCAAUUUACCUUUUUGGAAAAGAGUACAUAACUAUGUCGUAACAUGGUGGCAUAUGCACGUAAAUUGUAAUAAUAGAAUGUAUAAACCGCAACAAGAAAUUGCAGAAAAAUAUUUGGGUAAAAUACCUUCUAUCAAAGAAUUAGAAAAGAACAUGAGUCUCCUAUUUGUAAAUCAGCAAGAAGAAAUUUCAUUUACCCGUCCCAAUGUUCCUAAUGUCAUAAAUUUUGGUGGUUUGCAUAUAUCAAAUGACAUUCUAAAUAAACCUUUACCAAAGGAAUUAAAAGAAUUCAUAGAUAACGCAACUAAUGGUUUCAUUUACGUCAGUUUUGGAACAAACGCAAAUCCAUCAACGUAUCCGAAAAAAUUGUUGGAUAUAUUUUUCCAUGUUUUCUCUAAUUUACCGAUGAAGAUUGUAUGGAAACUCAAGGGAAACUAUCCACAAAUAUCAGACAAUAUAUACAUCUCUGAAUGGUUUUCACAACAAGAAGUUCUAUCACAUCCGAAUUUGAAGCUGUUCGUUUAUCAAGGUGGUCUUCAAAGUACAGAAGAAGCUAUAAACUUUGGUGUACCACUUGUUGCAAUACCAAUAUUAUCCGAUCAAGACAUGAUAGUUUUGAAAAUGGAAAAUUUAGGGGUAUGCAGAAGCGUUGAUAUUUUUCAAAUGACAAAAGAAGUUUUAAACGAAGCGAUUAUGGAGGUCUUACAUAAUAAAAGUUACAAAGAAAACAUGUUGAAACUCAAAAAUCUUAUAGAAGAUAAACAAGUUGGCACAAUGGAAAAUGUCAUUUGGUGGAUUGAGUAUGUCAUUCGUCAUAAAGGAGCAAGUCAUCUCCGUUCUAGCAUCGUAGAUGAACCAUGGUAUCAACGAUACGAUACUGAUGUUAUCGCUUUAUUAUCUGUUACAUUGUUUAUAAUUGUCAUCCUUAGUCUAUAUAUUGCUUUUAAAGUUUUUGUAAUUAUUAUGAAAUAUUGCGCAUGUUUAUUAUUUAAAGAAAAAAAUAAA